AUGGAGAUCAGCAUUGAGGCGCUGGGUGCUAAGUUGGAAAUCCUAGCUGAGAUCGACAAGUUGGCUACGGUUGACGAGCUCAAGCGCGCUAACCAAGACUUUUUGAAAAGGAACGGAGUCACGAGCGUUCAGAUCGGUGACGUUGAGACCAAUGUUGAUCCUCAAAACCAUAACGGAGGGGAAGCUUUACCUGCGAUGCCUGCUGCUCAAGGCACGUAUGGUUACGAUGAGGCAGGCCUAGGGCAGUUACAGAGCGUCAUGGUCAGUGUGGAAGAUAGAUUGAGCGUUGCAAAGGGCAGUGAGAAGGGCGUUCUCAUGGAGAGUGCUGCGGCGCCUGAAUCGGAGGCCGUGCGGAACGUGUACUUCGGUCUCAAGACGAAGAAGUCGAUGUACCUGAAGAAAAUGGACGGUUCCGUUCUUUUGGCGCUCUGCCGUUCGGAAGGGCGUAUACGGAAUACUUUUGGACGCAACCGAAGUUAA